AGGCGAAAGUUCGAUUCCUCGACGAGUGCAAAAAAAUCACGCCGUCAGUCUACCAAAGCUCUUGGUUUAAUCAACAGUUGAACUAUACAUGAGUAAACAUGAACGAAGUUUUUCUAUUCGUGGUUUUGUGUUUGGUAACCGGGUCAAAGGCCCUGCCACCGCCGAGUUCGACCGAAUCGCCUAAAUUAAAUAGACGUCUUGAACCUAGAGAUCGCACCUUUGAUUUAUCUUUCGGAUGGUUUGGAGCAAACGAGAAGGAUGGUGCGAAUUCGAAUCCCAAUAUUAAAAUAGCCUCGAAAAUUCACGAUCGGAAAACCGAAACUGUUCAAAGUCUGUUACGAGCUUUAGAGGAGGAGUCCAAACAUGCUAACAGCGAACAACAGAAAAACAUCUUGAGUCUCAUUCAGAUUCUUUUGAAUAAUGUUUGGCAUACAGUCGAUAUGAGAGCUUUCGGUACUCCACAAAAGAUGGGAGAGAUGAUGAGUGCAGAAAGUUUCAUUAACAAGCUUAAAGAACUUUUAUGGCAGAUUUUGCAACUGUUCUACGAAUAUUUCUCUCAAGAGAUGAUGGGUAAAAGCCCAAUGUCCAUGGGUAAAUCAGACUCAUUUGACUAUAUGGGUGGCAGUUCAGGAUCAGAGAGUGGCUCAGAUUCAGGUAUGAGCUCAGAAUCUGAAGGUGCUGGUAGCGGUUCUGCAGAAAGUAUGUCAUCCGGAUCUGGAAGAAGUGAUUCAGGAUCAUCAGAAUCCGGUUCCCAAGAAUCAGGAGAAAGUGGCAUGUCAGGUAGUAUGCCAGGUGACAUGUCAUCCGGAUCUGGAAGAAGCGAUUCAGGAUCAUCAGAAUCCGGUUCCCAAGAAUCAGGAGGAAGUGGCAUGUCAGGUAGCAUGCCAGAUGACAUGUCAUCCGGAUCUGGAAGAAGUGAUUCAGGAUCAUCAGAAUCUGGUUCCCAAGAAUCAGGAGGAAGUGACAUGUCAGGUAGCAUGCCAGAUGACAUGUCAUCCGGAUCUGGAAGAAGCGAUUCAGGAUCAGAGUCCGGUUCACAACAAUCAGGAGGAGGUAGCAUGCCAGAUGACAUGUCAAGUGGAUCCAUGGAGUCUGGUGGGUCUUCACAAUCUGGCAGUGGAGAAUCAUCAGGCAGUUCAGGUAUGGGUUCAGACAUGGGUAGCCACUCAUCCGGAGAUAGUUCUGGAAAAUCAGGUGAUAGUGGGUCCAUGCAAUCCGACGACGACAAGGGAACAUCAGGUUCUGGAAGUGUACCAUCUUCAGGCGAGUCAAGCGGAUCUGAUGGGUCAGAAUCGUCUGGAGGACGUUCAGAUGAAAGUGGGUCUUCUGGAAUGCAACAAUCUUCAGGUGAAUCGAGUGGAUCAGCUAGUGGCCAAUCAUCAGGUGAAAUGAGUGGUUCAUCUGGAAGCGGACAAUCUUCUGGUGAGUCGGGUAGGUCUGGGUCUGACAGUAGAUCAGGCAGCAUGGGUGGUGAAUCAGGCGAACCUUCUUCUGAGGAUAUGGAUGAUAUGGACAGUAUGGAUGAUUCUAGUGAGCAGGAUGCUAUGCAAGUCUAUGGUAAUACUAACAGACCAUGUCCCCCACAAGUGAAAAUGUCUCCUUAAGUUUUAAUUUGUAGUAAAUAAUAUUACCGUUUAUUGUGAGUAACUAGUAGUUUACCACCUAAUCUUUAAAAAAUAUGUAUCUAUCCUUCAUUUAGAAAUGUUUUUGUAAAAUAUUGUAAUCCGUGAUUUUGUAAAGUUUUAUUGUUAUUUAUUUUAUAUAUUAUACGAACAGUCAUUAUUUAUUUCAUUAAAUAUGCCUAUGCCUAUCUUUACUCAAUAAUUAAAAUACGUACUCACAUUUCAACCUAA